CAUCAGCGAGCCAGACAGGAGGGGGAGCGCAAGAGAAGACAAGAGACGGGAUGUGUGUGUGCGCGUAGUGCUCGGCGCUGCAGGUACAGCGGCAGUCGGCGGAUAAAGCUUCAAAUUCCAGCCCUGGCGCAGCGGCAGCAAAGUUGCGGAGAUCACCCAAUUCCCGUCACGAUGUCUGGCGGUGACUUGCGUGUGCUCCGCCGUGAGGCUGGACAAGAGAGCCCGAGGAUGCCGGCCUGGAAGAGGGAGAUUCUGGAGCGACGGAAGGCGAAAGGCGGCGCGGCUGGAGCAGGUGCAUCCGAGCCUUGCUCCGGCGCCACCGCAUCCCGGGUUAAUGGUGAAGUAACGGGAGACAGCGGCGACUCCAAAAAUAAAGAUAGCAUUACCGGUGCGAACACCAGCAGGAACUAUACCGUUAACACAGCCAGGCACCACUUCGCUGUCAAGCGAGGCAGCACCACCGCCUCCCCGGAGCUUUCUCCGGUGAAAACAAAGAAAGAUCCCUGGGCUACCGUCGACCAGCGUGAGUCGACCUCGUCGGAGAAAACUGACAGUGAUCACGGGGAACAAGAGAGGCUCGUACUACAGGACAGUCUAGGCCCGUUACAGGAGAACCCAUUCAUCAAAUUGGAGAAGGAGCGCAAGAAGAGGCAUGACCGCGACAACGUCUCACGGCCAGUACAGCACAUAUUGGAGUUAUAUGGCAACGUCCCCGGAAUCCGGACGAUCCGCGCUGAGAAUAUUAUCAUCAUCGAAUCCGAUCCGGAUUACUUCCCCGAGGCUGGCAGCGGUAAAACUGGUUCCAGGGUACAGCAAAACGGUACGGUGGGCAGCUACAGUUCCCUCAAUGACCUGAUAGACCGGAGAGGCAGUGCGGUGACCGAGAUACGCGCGAAAGAGGUAGUCAUCUAUGAUUCUUCUCUGAGCAAAAGUGAGGAGAAUUUGAGCACGCUGGGACGUCCGGGUUCUGAUAUGACCGCGGGAUUGGGUGUGGGUCAGGGCAGAGUCAGUCGCAUGCUGCAGAAAUUCGACCGUAAUUUUGGGAAACUGCAGCCUAAGUCUCACAGCACAGAAAACCUGCUGGACCUAGAGACCCCCUCUAUCAGGCCAAGACCCCAAAUCUCAGCGAAGCCGGACCUAGUGCCAAAAUCGGAGGUCCCACAUCAGUCCGCCUCUGUCACUCACAGCCCGGAGCGCUCGCAGUCUCCAUCUGUCUUCCAGAGUCCUCAGUCUUCUAAGACCACAUCGCAAUCCUCAUCAGAUGAGCAGGAGGGCAUCGGCCACUCUGAUGGCUCGCCCUCCGUGUCUUCCUUCCGUCAGCGCUUUGAGGUCCCGGGUGGGCGUGACAUGCCGGCGAACCCCUCCGAUGGAAAGGAUCGGACCCCAGCUAAACUCCCAAGGGAGCCGGACGAGCUGUCCUCCAAACCCAAGGUGCCAUGCUCGCCGGAGAAGCCCUGCCCACGUGCCGAGUCGCCUGCCUCUUGCUCUCCACCGCCAUCGCCUCCGUCCCCCGGGUUUGAGUUCCGGCUGGCCCCACGGCCCGACCUAUCGGCCCUGCCUCCUGGUGACAUCCAGGCCAGGGCCCUCGCCAACCUGCGCCUGCAAUCGCGCAACUCCUUCACCGUCAUCCCUCGGCGUCGGGGUCCCAUCGCUUCUCCGGGUAGCACCGCGCCAUCUAGCCCUGUGCGAUCCCCACCUUCGCCCACCCCGCCACAGGACUAUGUGGCAGCGGUGACCCUGGCUGCUGUGCCAACCACACCCCUUUCCCCCGCCAAGAAGAGCGAGGGGGCCACCAGGCAAGCCAAAACGGACCCUCCAAAACCAGAGCUCCCCGCCUGCCCCUCGCCACCCCCAGGACCUGAACUGGAACCCCCUGCGCAGCCAGCGGAGACUGAUCAGCUGCCUGUCACCAACAUCGAUGAUGUUGAGGUGGAGCCCUCCCAGGUGGUCCCAAGUCCAGUGGUGCAUCGUCGUUCGCCGAACACCUUCACAGUGGUACCCAAACGACGACCAGAACCCGGUUCCCAAGAGCUCCAGGAUCCCGCUGCUGGCGCCCCGGCCAGCACUACCUCUCAGCAGGCGCCAUACACACAGCUAGGGUCCCUGCUGAAGAAACGGUACCCAGCAGCCGAGGAGAUUGAGGUUAUCGGCGGCUACCUCUCCCUGGGCCGUUCUUGCCUCUCCAAGACAGGCUCCACCGGCAAGAAGCUGAAGAUCUCCUUCAACGAGUCGAGCCUGCACAGCACCUUCGAGUACCCCUCGGAGAGCAGCCUGUGGGGUGACGAUGAUGAUGACGAGGAAAAGGAGGAGGAGGAGGAGGAGGAGGAGGCGGCCAAGGCAGAGCGCAUCUCCAUCCCACGGCCCAGCUACUCCAUCUCUCCCACGCAAGGCUCCUCCAGCACGGCAGACCUUUCAAGCUACACCCCACAUGGUGUAGAUUUCAGCAGCUGGCAGGAACAGAAGCUGGACGACCCAACCUUCCUCUCGAACCCCGAGUCCCGAGAGCCGUCCGCAGAGGAUGUAAUGGUAAUGCCCAUUAACCUGCAUUUUCAAGUCACCGAGUAUUACUUGAAGGCUAUUUUAGAUUGAGCUCAGAGGCUUAAAGCAGAAGCUGUGACCAUGGUGAUAACAAGUAAUGCAGUCCAUGGGUUCGAGUGCCCAAAAAGGGUCCCACUCUCAUUCCUUUGGGGAAGCUUAUUGGCCAGUAAAAUAUUGAGAAUUAAAUUAUAAUUUGCUUUGGAUAAACAUAUUAGCAGUAGGUACCAGCAGGGAAAAUUUGAAAAUUGGCCCAGGUUAGAUUUAAUAAGCCAGUAUGUUUCAUUUUGAUAUCAAAUAAAGAUACUAUUUAAAUUAGUUUUUGCGAUACGGAGAAGGGACCUCAAUCUAAUUUCAGUGGCGCAAAUUGUGAGAUUUUGCUACAAAUGUCCUGAAAUACCUUCUUUCAGUCUUUGUUUUGGUACCAUGAUUUAAUGUUUUUGUAGGCUUCUAUGAGAAAAUGUGGUAAAAUUCAAAAAAAGGUGAAAUUCACAAACCUUUUAAUUGAAGAAUGCUGAAAUGUGUUUGCAUUUUGGUUGUCAUUAAGGUUGGCGCAAAUAUCCUGUAUUUUUCGUUAAAAAUGUAUUUUUAUGUGUCAUUCCUGGACAGAGAAAUCUGCAGUGUUUUGGGCUGAAAGCUUUUUGGCGGGUUUUUACACUUUUCCUCAGUCAACAUUAAUGUGCUUUCCUGUUGAUAUCU